GGCGUGGUAAGCUUGAGAUGUUGCACCCUACUUGAGAAUUUCUAACUCUAUACCUGAUCUACUCUCAUCCUAUGAUGAUUUUUCUAAGUUCAUUACUUGAAUGGGAGCAAAGAGAACCCAAAAGGAGAUUACUGUAUUUUGCAAAUGGGGUGGCCCCCCAGAGAGAAUAAUCAAUCUCAGAAGGUGAAACUAAAACGCGCAUUAUGCAUCAGAACAGAGACAAAGAUAUGGGAACGGUAAGUGUGAUGAUAAGUUACGAUAUUUACCACACACGCACACGCACACCAACUGUUUGUUAAAAGUUCCAAACCAGCAAUGGAUAUUAGGUUAGGUGACCGAACAAACAGCAAGAUGCGGUAGACCCAAUGCCAUGGCCUACCUUGAUUGCUUGCCUAUGCCUGCAACACGGCCAUGGAAGAAUAUUCAGAUGGAAGCCCAUUUCAGAAAAAGCCACCAACUUUCUUCUCUUGGGGGGUGGGUGAAAGUUGGAAAGAGGCACAGCACAUGCCUUUGUUAACCGCUUCUGUACUCGUGGGAUGAUUGUUCGGAUAAACUGGGGAUGUCGGCAUUCACGAUUACCUCAGUUCUUCUUUAUUUCUGCCUCGCAAUGUCGUCUCUCGACAGCUCCACUUUCAACCUCCCCCUGCCCUCACCCCUAUUUUUUUGCCAUUUUGGUUAAUUGGGCUGAAACUGACGCUAAAACUGAUACCCCAUUCUUUUAUUUUCAGGAUGUACUGUCCACGUGGCUUCUUCUUUGUUCCUAUUAUCUCUACUCUUCACGAAAAGAUUGGUUGAAAUAUCUUUUUCCAUCACUAACCAAUAUAAAUACAGAGCUCUCUUCUGCGUUUCUCUUACACCCAAUUCGCUGACAUUCUUGUUUUUCUCUCUGCGGCUUCCUUGGAUUGUUGUAAAAUGACUUCCCCAUUAUGUGUUUUUCUUCUAUUGGUCGUGUUUUCACCUGGAAAUGUCGCUUUUGCGACUGUUUUUACGCUUCAGAAUCAUUGCAGCUACACGCUAUGGCCGGGAACGCUCUCCGGCAAUGGUGCGGCGGUUCUUGGCGACGGCGGUUUCCCUCUGGCCCCUGGUGCUUCUGUACAACUGACGGCCCCGAACGGCUGGUCUGGUCGGUUCUGGGCACGAACUGGCUGCGAGUUCGACAUCUCCGGCAAUGGGAAAUGCCAGACGGGUAACUGCGGCGGCGCACUUAAAUGCAUCGGCGGUGGCGAGCCGCCAGUCACACUGGCGGAAUUUACCAUUGGCUCAACCAGUGGCGAAAUGGAUUUUUACGACAUUAGCCUCGUCGACGGCUACAAUGUGGGCAUCGGCGUCCGGGCAAGCGGCGGUACCGGCAACUGCCAAUACGCCGGCUGCGUCACGGACUUGAACGGAAUCUGCCCGUCGGAAUUGCAAGUGAUUGAUUCGGGCUCCGUCGUGGCCUGCAGGAGCGCCUGCGCGGCCUUCAUGAAGCCGGAAUUCUGCUGCACCGAGGACCACUCGACACCGCAGACAUGCCCACCAACGUCUUACUCACAAAUGUUCAAGAACGCAUGUCCGGCAGCGUACAGCUACGCCUACGACGACGCUUCGAGCACUUGCACAUGUAAGGGAUCGGACUACCUCAUUAGCUUUUGCCCAUCCGGUUGAUCCUAUAUGUUCUUAAUUAUAUGAAUCUCUUUCAAGUGAUUGUAGUAUUAAACAGUAACUACCUUGGUUUGAUUUCUUAAAGAAAUAUUAUUCAAAUUCGUAUCUGAAAAA